AUGGCCCCUCACCGUUCCCUCCUUACGGUGGUGACCGUGGCCUUGAUGAUGCCAAUAAUAAUGGGCACUGCGACGCAGUCGGUUGAAGUCGAUAUUCUCUUCCCGGGUCUCAAUGAAGAGAACUUACACUACCUCGAGGGCAGUGUCAUCAACGCUGAUACCUCGGCCACCACAAUUCAAAUUGACUGCCGAUCCAGUGUGACCGAACUAUGCGUCUCUUCAGGAUAUGUCCUACCCCAAACCCUCACGAACGCGCCGUCAUCUCAGGCGAUAUACUAUGAUAUCACCAGCUUCUUCAACCGCACUAUAUAUAUCGUUACUGGAGCGUUAGACUGCAAUAUUACAUCCUCUACGGAAGGCGCCUCGUGCUUCGCUUCAACGAGCACGUGGUACUCCAGUGGACUGAAGUCCAACUCGUCGGCAUGGUCCACAGGCGUCACCAUUUCUUCGGACAAUUUGAAAUAUAACACUCUAACAGUCGCAUCGGGCUUAGAAAAACUGCGAACCACAACAACCAGCGCGUUGCCCGGUCAGACUAUGGCCGCGACAUCUUCACCGACAGCGGCCGCUGCAACGAACACCUCUAUACCGAGUUCAGAACACUCCUCGUCCUCAAAGGCAUGGAUUGCGGGUCCUGUGGUUGGCGGUGUGGUCGGAUUGGGUUUGGUUGCGGCAGUUCUCUUCUGGUAUAUUAGUCGGAGGCACAAGAAAACAGCAGAUCCUGCGGAAUUAUAUCCGGAAGAAGAGAAGUCAGAGGUCCCGGGGCAUGACGCAAAUCUGCCAGUGGCAAAUGCUCAUGCAGGAGAACUUGCGGCCAAGCGUCUGUCGGAGUUACCAGAUCAAAACAGGCCACAUGAAAUGCCAUGA